UCACCGCUCGACGCGCCACCGCUCGCCGAUGCUCGACGGGAUUCCAGAGGCGCUCCGCGGAGCAGGAUGCUGCAAAGGGGAAAGGGAGGGGAAAUGGUCUAGGCGAAAGCCGUUUCCUAUCCCUUCUCCAUUCGCUCUCCUUUCCGUCGCCCUUUCCCCAUUUUGAGGAAGGACAGUUUUUCCCCCAGCUAUUUGCUACGGCUGCCCUCCUUGCGUUCCUCCUGUCCCUUUCCCUGACCCGUGGCGUGGCCGUUCUCGGUUCGUUGUUGCAUCCCCGCUCCUUCCCCGUUUCUCCCUUCCGUCCCGUCGCGCCCUUUCUUCCAUCGGCCCUCCGGUAUUCCUGGCUCAGUCUAGCGCGGCGGCGCCUUCGGCGUCGCGCGAGCGUUUCCGACGUCGCUUGCUCAACGCGGCCGGCCCCUCCCUUGGCCGUGGUCUGCCCCCGGGCUUGUGAAACUGCGGAACCGGCACUGCUGCAGUGUGCAUUCCCGUCGUAGUGGUGGUGGUGGUGUCCGCUGUAGCCGGUGUCUGCUUAUCGCCUGGCUCUGUGAAGGCUGCUGCUGACUGUGCGCGUGCCUGUGUGUGUGUGCUUCGUUUUUUUUUUUCUGUUCGCUGCUGAUAUUGUGCUUUGCUGCAUUUUUUUUUCUUCUUACUCGGCCGUUUAUAGCGUUUCAUAAUUGGUCUCAGUGGACAAGAAUUGAAGAGGAAUUCCCUCGGCGCCCAGACUCCACCAUCGUCGUUCCGACUCGAAGCCUUCGCCUUUACGCAACCGUCUCUGCGCACCAGUGGAGAGCGUAUGCGCGAAUCGGCGUUGUCCUGAAAAGAAGCAAAAGUUUCCCCGCUUCCUGGCUUUUUAUUUCCAAUUAUUUUUCCAUUUCGCAUUCUUCACUUGUUGCUGUUGUGGGCAGAAGUGUUACUGGCUUCAUCUACGUUUCGAACUGCCUGCAAACGUUCGAAACGCCUUCUCGGCCCAUCUGGUCGUCUGCAUUUAUCGUCUACGUUUCCUGGCUACCGCGAACUCGAAACUCGUCGUCUGCUGCGACUCGCCGUCUGCAACCGCAAAGAAACGCCUCCGUCGGCAAGAGCUCUCCCAUCUCACUGAACUUCGAUCGUUUUCUUUCUUUCUUUCCUUCUUUCUAAUUUUCUCGCGCACUCGCAUUGGUCGGCGGGCGCCGAUUUCUCCAACCGCCGCUUAAUUAAAGCAGCGCUCGAAAUUAGGGAAGUGAACGUCGAGGCGAGGCUUGUACCUACCGGAAACCCUUGGUCGGCAUCCCACUCUCUCUCUCUCUCGGCACGCAGCCUCCUUUUUCCCACCAAUUAUUGCGCUCCUUGACGGUGCGCGCUUCAAGCCUAAAGCGGCCUCCAAUAGUGGCGUGAUCCAUCGCGUUGUCGAUGGGCGUGGUCCGGCAUUCCCUUCCCCUCAAUUUUUAUUCUUUUCGUUUGCGUGCUCUCGCUUGUAGAUUGUGUUCCUCUGCGACGUGAACUGCGAGGUAAUUUAGAGUGCACACGGAGGUGUCGAGUUUCUCGAGUUCCACGCGAGGUCCUCCGCUCUGUUCUGGCCGUAUCCCAGGAGACGACAGAUGCGACUGAUUGGCUGCGAGGGGAUAGCAUCCGCCUGUUGCUGCGGCGACGAGGACUUGUUUCCGCGCUUAUUUUGACGUCUGGGCGGUCUGCUUCUGCUGCUGCUGCUCUUCGGCUGGCUGAGGUCUUUGACACGGGCUUCGGCUUCGCGGCAGACGCAGGAAGACCAAACUUGUUCGCUAGACGGACGGGUUUUGUACUACGUACUGUGCUCCGGUAGUUGUGCUUGCUCUAUGUGUAGUAAUAUGCCCUUUACGUAGUAGUCACGGUCACGUAGUUUCUUGACGUUAUUGCAUCUUGUGAGUAUGAGAGUUCUUGAACAUGACGCUGCGUUCUGAUUCCAUUAUUCGCAGCAGCAGCAGUGUUCAGCCGGACUAAAAAGGUAGUACGCCUGUCUGUCAACACUUCGUGGAGGAAACACCUUGCUUAUUCAAGUACUCUGAGUAGCUCGGACAAGUUGAAACACCGUUGAAGUGUUGGGACUGAAGAGACCUCACCUGUGAUAGACACCGUUGGAAUGCUUGCCCAGUUCUUUGGCUGUGGCAUGUGUACAUGGUCACACAUCCUCGGAACAUGUAACGUGAAGGGUUUGCGGAUUGACUCAACGCUGUUUUGAAAUCUUUUUCUGCGUCUAUCUUAGGCGGAGACGUGUACUGGUUCGAUCAUAAUCGAAGCAGAUUUUGUGGCGCGAGCCGUUUCCCAUGUCUGCCGCAAAAUCGCGCGGGAACGAGACGACGCUGUUCGCCUAGGGAACAUUUGGCUUCGGAUAUUGUUCGGGACCGGCCGGUGGUCUUGUGUAGGCUCCGGUUUCAAAGCUUGCUUUUCUUUCCAGCUGGAUUCGGGUGUAACUCUCACGUCAUUGUCGAGUCGUCUGCCUUUUCGGCAUACGUAAAUGCCGCGAGGUUGUACACGUCACUGAAACGAAGUCUGAUUCUUUUUCCCAACGCACCUUUUCUACGCCGCUAGAAAAACUUAACUGCGCAGUAAGGCUUACUGCUUUCUGGGGCUGUUUUCGUCGCUGGAGGAAACCGACCGCGGAGAGAGCCAGCGCUCGAAGGAAAGGAGGUCGACUUCGAGUUGACAUUCCCUCUAUAUGGCUUCUUGUUGUUGUGACGACGGAAUUUGGACGCGUGGUUACGUAUCGACUGAACGGCGCUCGUAAGCCUUCGCGGGCGUCUUCGUUGCCCCGAAUCAUUGUUCUACGCCAUCGACCACCGCGUUCCCGUGGGCCCGUCGAGGCCUUGGGGCGCUUUUUAGCAGAGGAUCUUUCUUUCCUUGUCGAGUUGUCGCCCGCCCCCUCGCGUUUGUCGCGUAUACCGAGGCGGCGGACUCGGAAGCAGAGCGGUGUCCUCUGUACGGAACGUCUCCGCUACACCGCUCGGAUUGCACUACAAGUCGACCUGCGACGUGCUUUGCCGAGUUACAGCGCAUGUGCCCUGUUGAAUAGUGUGAAGUCCGUGCUUCUGGCCGUGGACGCAGCAGGCUUUACUGGUUCCACACUUUGUGGCGCAUAGACCACGUGUUGUUCGUUCAAGAAAAAAAAAACUGAGUGGUGAAGCUGCUGGCGACUACGUCACCGCACCCGUUGUGUCGAUAGCGAUAACUGCAGACCUCAUCCUGUAGUAGUGCUUCGGGAGCUUCCCUGUAGAGAACAGGCCUUUCGGGGCCGCUGGGUCUGUGCGUGCCAUCCUGUGACACUUGCGCGCGUGUCUGUGUGUUCGUGUGCGAGCGCACUAGCGUUGUCGUUGCGCCUGUGACGCGAUUGGCGGAUGUUCUGCUGCCCCAUGGUGCUGGCGACGGGCAGCGAUUCGUUGAGCCGACGCCACAGCGUACCGGACGGUGAGCAGUCUGUGGCGUCGGCCCGGGCGGCUGUGCUGGUCUACGAUGACCACAACAAGAAGUGGGUGCCCAGCGGCUCGUCAAGCGGCCUCUCCAAGGUGCACAUCUACCAACACACGGUCAAUGGCACCUUCCGCAUUGUUGGCCGGAAGCUGCACGACCAUGAGGUGGUGAUAAACUGUGCCAUCCUCAAGGGCCUCAAGUACAGCCAGGCAACGGGCACGUUCCACCAGUGGCGCGACAACCGCACAGUCUACGGCCUCAACUUCAGCAGUAAAGAUGACGCCGACAACUUUGCCGUUGCCAUGCUGCGGGCCAUCGACAUGCUCAACCAAAACAGUUCAACAGGGCCAAGGGUACAGCCGGCGCCACCUCCGGUGCCUCAGCAUGCAUCACAGCCCAUCUAUCAGACCAUUGGCACCGUUGCACAGCAGGAAGAUACAGAUCACCAACGAAACUGGCAAAAUCAGCAACCGGUCCAUUACAUGGCAACAAAUGCAGUGGGCAGUUCUAGCCACCCGGCCACUCCCGCUAGUGGCCCGCCUCAGGCUCCGCCCCAGGCACCGCCCUUUCCACAGGCCCCGCCUCAGCUGCCACAGCAACCACAAGCCAAUGCAGUCAUGGGGCACCACCGGACAUCAUCUGCGCCAGGAACCAACGGAGGCGCGCCUCCUCCUCCGCCACCGGGCGGCACGUCGGGCAUGAGUGUGGCAGCGAGCAGCGUGGUGGCCAGUGGGCCCCCGCCUGCUCCGGCGCCGCCCCCGUCGGCAGGCGUGGCCUCCGGGGGUGCCCCGCCCCCUCCCCCACCUCCGCCUCCUCCCGGCGGCGGCCAGGGCCGAGAAGAUGACUCGUCGCCCCUGUCCCUAGCCACAGCGCUGGCAAACGCGAAGCUCAAGAAGACCUCCAACAAGAUAUACGAAGGCACAGACACGCUGAAGAAGUCGCAGGGGAGCGGCAGUGGGGGAGUGCCCAUGAUGGGCAUGGCGAGCAUGAUAGAUGAGAUGAGGGGCACCCUGGCCAAGAGACGAGCACAAGCGGAAAACAGCCAAAGUCAGGAGGCUGAGUCGUCGACAGAUUCUCGGAGGACGUGGGACAAGCAGGGUUCGACCAAUGGCAACAGCCCCAGCAAGGUGGCUGCCAGCGGUGCUGAGUCACCAAAGUCGGGUCGCGGGCAGCGCAUCGGGUCGCUGGGUGACACGGACGUCAUGAAGGUGAAUGGCGUGGACGUGCUCGACAUGGACAAGCUCAAGCAGGAGAUCAUGUCCGAGAUCCGCCGUGAGGUCAGCAAGAUGAAGCAGGACAUCAUUGAGGCUAUCAAGAUCGAAUUAAACCGAAGAUAAGGACUUCGCACCUCCUGGUCUUCUGUGUGCUGCCAUUCGGUACGGGACUUGAAACGUCGUCGUACGGAUCUCUAUUGCCUCUACAAGUCGCUACCACCAAAAUAUUGAUCGACACACCAUUAAAGCAACGAGGGACGAGCUGACAUUUUCGUGCCGAGGAUGCAGUGAUGGCACCUUUCUUCUUUUCUUUUUAAAUCUUUUGCAAUGUUCUUAGUAAAUGACUCUUACAUUUUUUUUUUUAAGUGCGAGAAAUGCAAGACCUGUAUUUACAGUGAUGCUUCUUGUCUGUCAUGCAGUGCUGUCGUGCAUGGCAGCCCCUGUCAAUUUGUACUCGCCGUACACAUCUGCAACCACACAAAGUGUCGUUCUCAUUUGCUGUGACAUACUUGCACGACAUUGGCAGAUUCUUUAUUGUGAAGGGCUGCCAGCGUCAUUGUCAUUCUCGGUCUGUAUUCUCAUUUGCUGGUUGGAUACUGACUGCAGAAAGUGUUUGCGCAGUCUUUGUACGUUGUGUAGCAGUCCGCUCCAGUUUCAAACUCCUUCGUUUCUUGUUCCCAGCCUAACUAGCGUUACAGGUUCACCGAGCAAUAUCAGUUCUUUCCUUUUUCGUUCUGCCUCGUAAAUUAUAACCGCAGACUUGACCAUGCUUGGUUUCUUCCUUUCCUUUUUUUUUUUUUCUGCGGCAUCUCUAAAACGCAUUCACUAAUACCAGAGGCAUGCGUCAGCUUCAACCUCAAAUUCCAUUCAAAAUAAAUGUAGCAGCAGCCACUGAAUGAGAAAGGGUCGGCUUGCAGAGUGCGACAUAUCGACGACAGUGGCAAUGCCUCUACGAUGUUUUCGAGCUGGUUGCUCAGUUCUCUGGGUAGUUCGGGGUCACCUCGCACCGCUCACUGAUGAAAGGGUGUGAAAUUCGUCCCUUCUGUUACUCGAAAAAAAGGGAGUCGCCGAGGAAAGGUGUUCUCAAGGAGUACUUUUUAGGUUUACUCCUGUGACACCAGCUUUCUACCUAGAGUCAUCAGUCUAGCGGGGAGAUGCGCGCGUGUAUGAGCGUUCUUUGCUGGAUGUCGCGCGAUUUCGGGAGGGGUGGAAAAGAAAGAGAGAGAGAGGGAGAAGGACACACAUACUUUGUAGUAUGCUGUGGCGGAGUUUUUUAAUUCUUGCCUUACAAACAGAAACGUCUUUUUUACGGCAUGUGGAAGGCUUUUUCUGUGCAUGUUUGUACUCUUUGGAGGCAAUGUAAUGCUCAGUGGUACUCUGUCCCUCGCUGUCGAUGUCGCGGUUUCAUGUUUGCAGGCGUGCAGCAAUCCCUGCGUGAGCCAGUAUUGUGUGUACCACUGCGUAAUUGUAGGAGGAAUUGCUGACAGACUUAAUGAAGGCGGGCAGGAGGGUAACGGGGCUGAGGUGACAUGUGUGGUGGCGCCUUUUCAUUGUAUUGCACUCCUUCGUGAAGGACCUCUAAUGUGUCGAGUCUGUGAUGUUUAUAGUGAAGAAGAGUAAGAUUUCUUUGUGCACUUACACACAACCGAUGUUUGCUUCUUAUGUGUGUGUGCGUGUGUGUGCAUGUGUGUGCGUGUGCGCGUGUGUGAAGAUUGAAAUUGAACUCUUUGCCAGAGUUAGGCGUAGAGCUUUGUACGAAACAUAUAGCAUCAAACUUUGUUUAUCUUAGUCUCUGUUUUCAAACACUGUCCGCACAUUUCAUUUUAUUCUUUUUUGUGCCUUUCCACAACGAGCAGCAUUCGGGUCAGGCAGGUUGUUGGGUGCUGUCUACGUGGGCAAGGCUCUAUUUUUAGUAACGUGCGGUCACUGGCUACAACAUGCUCACUUGCGACAUUGUUUGAUUGGCUGAUGUGAUUUGCAGAGACUUAAUGGAGUACCAGCAUUCAUUUAUUUAUAGACACCGUUCUAUGGGGCUCACGAUUUGAAGUUAGGCAUAGCGCAGGCCUGUAAUGCCGAGAAGUGAAAUGCAAAAACGCUCUAGCUUCGAGAUUGUUUGGCUGUCCUCACAGUCACUUAGUAGAAAGUUGCCAGUUGCACUGUUGACACGUGCGUGUAUGGAAGUGCUUGGUGAUAGAGGCAAAAUUCUUAUACAUAACAUCAGACUUCUUUGUGAAAGCCACACCUUUAGGAGUGUGGCUGUCUGAUGAAUAAAAGUGAAAAAUGUAUAUUUAUUCAUUUAUUUAUUUGUCGUGGAGAUCUUUUUGCAAAGGGUAAACUUCUUGGUUUCGAAAUGUGGCAUAUACAAAACAUAACAUGAUUGUGGUUGUGACUGAACAAAACUUUUUUUUUUUUUUUUGCAGCUUAUAGAUUUGUCACAAGGCAUACAGGCUAAAAUUCUAACAAACAUCUAAAGAAAAGCAUGCUACCCUGUAAUGACAUUUCUUUGCAUCUUCACAGGAAGAUGACAUUUUUUGGGAAGGAAAAGGUGCAGGCUGUAUGUACUCUAGGAAAUAUAAAAGUAUACUUGUAAUUCUUAGUAGUUAGAAAUUCGGGGUUUUAGCUGCUACACAAGUCUGUGUGGUAUCUUUAUUAGUAUGGUACCGAACAACUAUGAUCUCUCUCUACAGGCCGAUGCAUUGAAUGGGAUCGCUGCAUUUUUAGCGCACUGCGAAUCGCGUGAUUAGGCAUUCCUCGUCCAGCGGAAGCGUCUAAACUUGUCACUUUUGAUAGUCAAGAGUGGCAGUCAGUCUCGGUAAAUUUAAUAUUUUUUGGCAAGAAACAUACUUAAGAAAUGGACUGCGGCAUCACAUCAGGCUCACAUCGUCUCAAUCUGUCUCCCGCCAUGUUGACAUUUGCAAAAUAGCAAACCGUAAAAUGUUUGGCAAACUACAAGACUUGGUAAGAGGCUCCUCCACACCAAGCACUUCUUGCGUUCAGUAGUGUUGUCCGUGAUAAUGGAUCAGGUGGCAGACUUGCGAGUGUGUCUUCAGGAAAUUAUCUAAAUUCAGUUUCGUUACAACAUAGUCCUACAACGUUGGCUAUAGUUUUUUUUUAGUUCAUUGCUUUUAUUUUAUUUCUUAAGAGGGAGUUCUUCUUCAGUCAUUUAUCUCUUGCUGGUCAAGAUGAGUGGAGGUGGUAGUUUAUCCGUGUGUGUUGCUCUGCCAGAUCGAAGGAAUGAGCGGCAAGAAAGACGAAAAAUAAGCCGCGAGCUCUGUCAUGCGCCAAUUUGCUACGGAACAACCUUCCUAGGCCAGAAGUGUGCAAAAUGCGUUCUUGAAGUGCAUCAGUUGCAUACUGUCUGCAGAAAAAAACUUCUUUUUCUUCUCCAAGCCGAUCUCUCUCUUUUCUUUUUGUCCAAGUUGCGCUGGUGCUGUCGUGUACCGAAUAUCGAGCCAAAUUUGUACAUAUAGUGAGUCGGGGAACACAGUUUUUGAUGUAGCAGUUCUUCUGUUCUCUGUUUUAACAUUAGGUUCUUAGUUCCCCUUUCUUUUUGUUCACCUUUGUCUCUUUUUUUUUCGUUCUUAGAUAUUGCUCCUAGACAUAUUUUUUCAUCAUUUUCUGGCUGUGCAAGUCACAGGCUGUCUGUCAACUGAUGUACGUAUUUUUGUUUCGCUACCGAUGAACACAUCUUUACGAGAAUGAACCAGUGCGAAAGUUGUACCCCGGUUGGCUCCUCGUGGCCUCUUUAUGUUUCUUUGUUUGUAUUUUAUUUUUUUUUUAGAGGAGAAAAAUGAUGGGUAACGUUUGAGUUGCGUUUUAUUUUAUUGCACAGUAUUGGGUGGACACCUUUGGGGAAACUGGCACUUCUCAGUAGGUUUGAACAAUUGUAUUACGCUGAAGUGUUCUGUUCAGUGUUGCAACAUUCUGAAGUUCCUGUUUUCACUGUUGUCUUAUUCCACUUUCGGUCGUGUAAUGCCGAUCUUUUCAUUUUUUUCCCUGUUGUAUGAAACUUCGAUCAUUAUUGCGCAGACUCUGCAAUAUCGAAAUAUUUUUUUUUUUCUAUUUUUUCUGGCUCCGCCAUUCAAACUUCACAAUUUCUUCUGCCCCAUGCUAAGGAAUUAAGUUUUAAUUCUUUGUAAGUUGAAAGCCAUGAUUUUGUUCUGACUCCCGGCUCUUUGCAAUAUUGCAAUGCUCCUGCUACCUGAACACCUUGUCUACAUCGAUAUCAAAAACCCAUUUCUGUAGCGUAGCACUCAAAUCUGUUCCUGAAGAGCUUUGGCUUUCUUUUAUUUCUUUAUAUUUGUUAAAUUUUGCCAGAAAUAGUCCCGGCACAUCUAGGAUGCAUUUAGUUAAAGUUCUGUUAUUGUUUCUCUAGUUCGACCAUCCAUUUGUGCUGGCUCUCAGUCUUCAGGCUCGUUAACUUAUUGUUGUUGCUCGAGAAGGCAAGUUGUACAAUCUUGAAUGUUUACUAAGAUAGACAUCCUUGUCUCUUCAUCUGGAGUGACUAACCUCACCUUAAUUUACGUGCUAUCACUAGUGCUUCUUGUCUCUUUCAGUUAGCUUGCAGUAUUUAUUUUAGUUCCCGGUUUAGGGAAGUGCACGUUGUGACUCUGUUAGUCACAGUCACAGGAGAAGGAAUAUAGUUUUGAGGCAUGCCUACAUUCCUUUUUUUUAGAAAUGCUCGUAUUUAAAUACCUGGGGAGCGUUACAUCCACGAUAUGGAUGGCCACGGUUUUCUUAAUUUUUUCUUGGGCGAGCUUCUUAAUUUCAUUUCUUUUCAUUGUUUCUUCCCUGGCUUUUGCCUGCUUUGAAUAAUUGUGCCCUGCUUUUGUAGUUCUAGGCUUCAACCCAUUUGUCACUUUUUAAGAGCAAGGAAUGUUCUUAUUGCACAAGUUGUUUGGCCGAGCUCAAUACCCAGUGCUUCGUGAUGAGCUUUUAUGGUGUGUGUCUGCUGCGUUCUUUCUACUGUAUUAUUGAAAUUGAAGCCUGAAUGAAUGGUAUUAAAGACAUCCUUACGGAUGACUUAACAGGUUCCGAACCUUGGAGCCAUGUUUUGGAAUGAUUGCUUUUAAGGACAUAUUUCAUUAUGUCAAUCAGCUAGGUCUGCAAAAGAAAACGUGUUGAAAAAAGAGAUUUGUAUGUGGACACAGCUACUGUUAGCAUGAAAGGCAGCAAAAGCUUUAAGACUCUGAGAAAGCUUAGCCGUCAUGCUAGACCGUGUGUCAUGCAGAAUUCAAAGUUUCAGGACCGAUGGAAUCUUGGAACACACCAUGUCGAGUUUGUCUGUUGAGGUAAACUCGCCUGCAUUACCGAGUUCACUCUUUGCGCUCAGUUAAAUACAUUGGGCAAGACGUGUUGCAGUUUAUUGUAUUUGGUGAUCCACAUUGCGUGCUGGUCAGUGUGCUUGAAGGAUCCGCAACAUCGCAGUGCGUUGAAUUGUCAGUAACGCUGCAGUGGACGUUUUUAAUUGCUCCAAGGCACAAGUAUUUUAGAUUAUACACAGUGUUGCACUACUAUGACGUUGUACUGUUCCCUUUAUUUCCUUGCCUCAUUUUUUGCAGAAUCGUUGCAAUGCCAUUCGUCGUUCAAAUGGGUUGGUGCCUUUGUUUUUAAAUGGCCAACAGAAUUGUGUUUGUUCUGUCAGCUUGCCUUAAGUGCUAGUGUUUAUUUCUUUCUUCAACCUUCCUUAUCGGUGUGUCGGAUUGUAAAAGAAUUUUCUUUUACUGGACACAUGUGGGCAUAAAAUACAUAAGAGUGCGAAUAAACAUUCAAAGAUAUAAAGCC